CAAUUUGCAAAGGGAUAAAAAAUGAUAGCUUUUCCGUUACUGUAGCAAGGUCCAUCACCAACCUCUGGUGACUACUCCAUCUUUCCUACCUUUCCUUAUCUCUCUGGUUCUGCUAUGCUGUUGCAGAAAGCUCCAUUUUAGCUUAGAUCUCGAUUCCUCAACACUCACAUUUCCAUCUUCUACUUCGAAGAUCUGUGGUUUGUACACUACACCAAUGGCUUUGCUUCUGAGAUCCACUAAUUCAAUGGUUUCUUCAUACUGAAUCUGUAUAUCAGGAGGCUUUGCAGCAAGAAUCGGCAACUCAUUAGUGUACUUGAUCAUCUACAGAAGGAAUGGCCGACGAUCUAAAUACAGGAUUAUCUCAACAAAUUGGGGUAUUGGGGAUUAAGGUGUGGGAAUUAAUUGGGAUUAUCGUCGGUUUACUUAUCGUAGGCAUUCUUUGCGUGUUGACAUGUUACCUCACUUCUCGGAAGAAAGUUCGAGGGAGCAGAGGCAGGGGCAGGGACAGAGUUUCUCACAGUCAAAUCCCAACUGUUUCCAAAGAAAUUAAAGAAGUUCGAGUUGAGCAAGUUUCAACAGGAGAUUUCGCUCCACGAGAUGGGAUUCUUCUCACAAUUCAUGACAAAAACAGCGAUAAAGAUUCAGACAAAGUUUUGGUUCAUCUUGGAAUGGGAAAAUUGAAAAAUGGAGAUAACGCCAGUAGUCAAGGUUCAUUUCAUCAUACUGAUAGAGAUGUUUGUGGAUCGCAAUCAGGAGAAGAUGGGGGUUCGGGUAAUUUUCUGUAUAAACCUUCAUCUUCUUCCUCUCAUCCAAUCAGUGCACCUUCUCCACUUAUCGGUCUCCCUGAAUUUUCCCACUUGGGUUGGGGCCAUUGGUUUACAUUACGCGAUCUUGAACUUGCAACAAAUAGAUUCUCAAAGGAGAAUGUUCUUGGAGAGGGUGGUUAUGGUAUUGUUUAUCGGGGAACAUUGGUUAACCGGAAUCCAGUGGCAGUGAAGAAACUCCUCAAUAACGUGGGUCAAGCUGAGAAGGAAUUCAGAGUGGAGGUUGAAGCUAUUGGCCAUGUCCGCCAUAAAAAUUUGGUCCGUUUAUUGGGUUAUUGCAUUGAGGGAACUCAUAGGAUGUUGGUCUACGAAUAUGUCAACAACGGGAAUUUAGAACAAUGGCUUCAUGGAGCUAUGCGCCAGCAUGGAUAUCUUACUUGGGAAGCGAGGAUGAAGGUUCUUUUAGGAACAGCUAAGGCCCUUGCCUAUUUACAUGAAGCAAUUGAGCCAAAAGUUGUACACCGAGACAUAAAGUCAAGCAACAUAUUGAUAGAUGAUGAUUUCAAUGCAAAGGUGUCUGAUUUUGGCCUUGCAAAGCUUCUUGGUGCUGGAAAAAGUCACAUCACAACUCGAGUUAUGGGUACAUUUGGAUAUGUGGCUCCUGAAUAUGCAAAUACUGGGCUAUUGAAUGAAAAGAGUGAUGUUUAUAGCUUUGGAGUUGUACUUUUGGAAGCAAUUACAGGAAGAGACCCUGUUGACUAUGGUCGCCCUACCCAAGAGGUAAACCUUGUGGAUUGGCUAAAAAUGAUGGUUGGAAGCCGGAGAUCAGAGGAAGUGGUGGACCCCACGAUUGAUACAAAGCCAUCCACAAGAGCCCUAAAAAGAGCACUUUUAACUGCUCUAAGAUGUGUUGAUCCCGACUCUGAUAAGAGACCCAAAAUGAGCCAAGUUGUACGUAUGCUCGAGUCCGAGGAAUAUCCCUUACCCAGAGAGGAUCGAAGGCGUAGAUCUCAAGCAGGUAGUACAGAAAUUGAAUCACAGAGAGAAAACUACGAUACUGAUAAGAGCGACAAUCCGGACCAACGAUCAGACAGCAAGAGAAACUUGAGAGUAUAACUUUAUAUCUUUAUCUUUUUAUUUUUUAUUUUUAUUCUUUCGAUAUUGAGGAAGUAAUGACCAAUGUGGAAGGGUGAUUUGUGUUAUAUUUUUAUGUAUUUGAAAAAAAAAUUAUAUAUAUUUUCGGUAGAGGGAGUGUUGUUCGUUAUUAUGUAAGUAAGUAAAAAAUUAUGGAAGGCGGAAUGUAGUAGGGGGAUUUAGCUGUGUACAGUUUUGGGGGAGAUCGGAUGUUACUUGUUUAUUUGAUUUGCUAAAAAUAUUAUCCUACCGAGUGUUUAUUAA